AUGAUCAAAUACAGCGGCGAUAAUAAAAACUAUAAAAAUAGAAACGUAAUACUAAGCCUUUUCACAUUGGAAAUUUCAUCAGAAGUUGUAAUAACAAAAACAGUCACGGAUACAGCUACAAAAAAAUCAACAGGGCCGGAUGUAACAGUUACCGUUAUACCAAAGUAA